CAAAGUUUGUGCUUGUACUUGUAAAAUCGGCUUUCGUGGCUACAUUUAAAAAUAUAAAACUAUAUUAAAUAUAAGUUUUCUUUGUUAUGCGGUAAAAUAGUUUUUUUUUCGAAAAUGAGAAUUACUAACAUAAGACGUGGAAGAAUUUAUCGUGUGGGUGGCUUAUGCGCAAUUCUAGUAAUGGUAUUGUAUGCUCUUCAAAAAUACGUUCGAGCGAACGUUUCAAAUGAUACUAAUGAGAUAUUGGAUAUAAAUUCAGCUGCUGGGUUUUAUAAAUCUCACAAGGAAGUAUACCCCACUUUAAAAACGGAGCUAGGUAAUUUUGAGCCUAAAAUAAAGAAGAAUGUGAAAGGGCCUGGUGAGGGUGGGGAGCCCUAUCACAUGUCUCAGGACAGGGCAAAUGACAUUGCCGAGUCUGAAAGUGACUAUGGGAUGAAUAUUGCUGCUUCAGAUGAUAUAGCAAUGAACCGAACUGUACCUGAUACAAGAUUGGAUGAGUGUAAAUAUUGGCAUUAUCCUGAAGAAUUGCCAUCAACCUCAGUCAUUAUAGUGUUCCAUAAUGAAGGCUUCUCUGUUCUUAUGAGAACGGUUCACUCAGUAAUAGACCGCUCCCCACCAAAUAUUCUUCAUGAAAUUGUAUUGGUUGAUGAUUUCUCUGACAAAGACAAUUUAAAAAUGAACCUGGAGGUCUACAUCAGACGUUGGAAUGGUAAAGUGCGUUUGAUUAGAAAUUCCCAAAGAGAGGGGCUGAUUAGAACUAGAUCUAGGGGUGCACAAGAAGCCACAGGCGAUGUCAUCGUAUUUCUGGAUGCACAUUGUGAAGUUAAUGUCAACUGGCUACCACCAUUACUAGCACCUAUAUACAGAGACUAUAGAAUUAUGACCGUACCUGUCAUAGAUGGUGUAGACCACAGGACCUUUGAAUAUAGACCAGUCUACCAACAUGGCACAAAUUACAGAGGAAUAUUUGAGUGGGGAAUGUUGUAUAAAGAAAACGAAGUGCCAGACAGAGAAGCGAGUCUUCACAAACAUAAGUCUGAACCAUAUAAGAGUCCGACUCACGCUGGGGGUCUUUUCGCAAUUAACAGAAGGUAUUUCCUCGAAAUUGGAGCAUAUGAUCCAGGAUUACUGGUAUGGGGGGGAGAAAAUUUCGAAUUGAGUUUCAAAAUAUGGCAGUGCGGAGGAAGCAUCGAAUGGGUACCGUGCUCGCGGGUGGGUCACGUGUAUCGGGCGUUCAUGCCCUACUCCUUCGGAAACUUAGCGAAGAACCGGAAAGGAUCGCUAAUCACAAUAAACUAUAAAAGAGUUAUAGAAACCUGGUUCGACGAGGAACAUAAAGAAUACUUCUACACGAGAGAACCCAUGGCCAGAUUUUUGGAUAUGGGUGAUAUCACCGACCAAAUCGCUUUAAGAGAUAAGUUGAAGUGCAAAAGCUUUAGCUGGUUUAUGGAGAAUGUGGCGUAUGACGUGUACGACAAGUUCCCGAGGUUGCCGAAGAAUACACAUUGGGGAAUGGUCAAAAAUAAGGCGACUGGUGUUUGUCUGGAUACUAUGGGGAAAGCGGCUCCUGCUUAUAUAGGUACAUCCUCCUGCCACGGCGCCGGUAAUAACCAAUUAUUCAGGUUAAACGAAGCCGGUCAAUUAGGUGUGGGGGAGAGAUGUGUGGAAGCCGACUCGGACAGUGUCAAACAGGCCAUUUGCAGACUCGGCACUGUCGACGGGCCGUGGAGAUACGACGAAGAACAUAAGCAAAUAGUGCAUCGCCUGCACAGCCACUGCCUCACCCUUCAGCCUCACUCGCGGACUCUGGGGCUGGCUCCUUGCGACGCCAACAAUACCUAUCAACAGUGGACCAUCUCUCACAAGAAACCCAACUGGUGACGGCGGUCGUAGUGUUUGACGUAAGAUUGCUCAUGUCGGCUGUUGUAAAUGCGAAAGUCAAUGUCAGUGGUGAUGUCCGUUUGCGAUAUACUUAAAAAUGUCAGUUUUGACGAGGAUUAGUGAUCGGAUCCCGUGCGAAGUCGUGACGGGUCGCCAGUAUAGGACUAAUGAUACGAGUUAAAACUUUAUAGAACGAACCUUUGGAAUUUGUUUUUUUAUCAUUUUUAAUUCCGCCCUACUCCCCUGGGGUGAUACGUGGUGAGGUUUAAGACUAUUAAUGGACAGACCCUUAUAUGAAGCAUAAUUGUUUACUGCCAUUUAAAUUAAAUCGUAAUGGAAGAAUGUACAUUUGUAUCUAUUUAUAAUUUUGUGGUCAAUGAACUUUGUACCAUUCAAUAUGCAAGGAAAUACUCUCGCAUUUACAACAUAAGUUAGGAAUAUCAUCAGAUGUGUUGUUCGUUGAGAAGUGUCUUUAACGCGAUGUGUUCGUUAUGUUACUUUUUAGUGGUAAAAAUAAGUAUAGAAAAAAAUCUCUUCAUGUACGAUAAAACCUGACGAAAUUAAAUGAGAAUUAAAUAAAUGACGUUAUAUUGC